AUGACAAAGUUUCCUUCAUUCCUCAGUGGAAUGUUUCCUGCUAGCUCCAGCUCUCCUCCUGCAGGUAAGCGGAGUCCCCACUCCACAGGACGUGCUCCAGGCGUGCCUUCUCCGCGACCCAGUGCAACCUCACCGGCCCCUCCACCUCCAGCGUGGCGAACACAGGAGCUAGCCGGGCAGGCAGUCACGAAGGAGGUUCUUCAGGAGUCGAUCGACGCGGUCACAGCCGGUGUUCAGUCAUGGGAUCCAGAAGAGUACAUUCUAAACUCGCUUCUACAGGAAGCGGUUCGCAAUCAUGGGCGAGUGGAUCUAAUGCAGAAGAAGAGCGGGGAGAAGUUCGCCGUGAAACGGAUGCCGAACAGGUGGGUUCGCGAAGGACCUACGGAAUUCAAUGAACAGUAUCCGACGGCCUCAGAACGACCUUGGGUAGAUAUCGGCCUGGUGAGGCAUUUGAAUUCCAUCCGAUAUCCAUACGUUUGCGAGCUCAUCGGUGUCUUUCGUGACGAUGAGAACACGUACGUGACAGUUUCAUUAGCGACGCAGGGGGAUCUCUUCACUUGGUGCGAUCGGGAUCCUCGCCCAGGGCCUUCGAGGGAGGCGGUGAUGCUGCCGAUUGUUGGGCAGAUAUUCACAGCAGUUAGGUGGCUUCACGACUUGGGUGUUGCGCAUAGAGACUUGUCGCUGGAGAAUAUUCUCUUGACCGAUGCAGAAGGCUCGCAGCAGGUAAAGCUCAUCGAUUUUGGAAUGUCCACCACAAACAGGGUCUGCAAGAAGGAGGUCCGUGGCAAGCAGUCCUACCAGGCUCCCGAGAUGCACGCCGCUGCCGAAUACGAUGCUUAUUUGGCAGACGAGUUUGCGCUGGGUGUGGUUCUCUUUGCCAUGGCAGUGCAGGAUUAUCCUUGGACUUCCACCAAGAAGAAUUCAUGUCAGCUCUUUGAGUACAUCUCAACGUUUGGCUUAAUGAAGUUCUUGAAGAAGAGGAAGCUGCGCAAGGGCACGGAGCACCUCUCGGAGGUCUUAAGUGCCGAGCUGGCUCAGCUCAUCGACUGCAUGCUGCAGUUGGAGCCCGGCAACCGGCUGUGUCUCGGCGAGUCCUGCUUCAGCGGCGAGGCCCGCCGCACGGUGUGGGACGAGAACUGGAUACAACCUUUCCAAGGAGGAAGGUAG